AUGGCAGAGCAGACAGUGAGGGAAUUGAUCAACUUCGGCUUCUCGGCGGACCGUGCGCGUGAAGCUGUGGAAAACAUUGGCGAUACAUCGGAUGUACAGCUGGCCAUCAACUGGUUGCUUGAUCACGGUGAGGAGGACAAAGGCGGAGCCGUCGAAUUCAAGCACUGCCCUCACAUCUGCGAGUUGCCCCUGGGCACGAUCGUCAGAAAGGCAGCACUCCAAUUCGGCAAUCCGUGCGCCAAAAGGUGCAAGGGCUCCGAGAACUGGGUGUGCCUCAUGUGCGGAGUUACUCAUUGUGGGCGCUAUGUCAACAAGCAUGCUCUCCAGCACUGGCAAGAGACGCGCGAGGCUGAUUCACGAGCUCUUACAGUAGGCGAGGCAGCAGCUGGAGUGUGCCGCCGAGGCCACUUCCUUUCGAUGGGCCUGAUGGACCUCAGCGUGUGGUGCUAUGAGUGCGAGUCCUACGUUGAGCACGAGGCACUUCAGCCGCUGGUGGCCCGAAUGCAGCGAUUGAAGUUUGGCGGCGCCGAGGAAGAGGAGCCAGAGGCCGAGGUUGGCAGUGUCUUGGAUGCCGAUGCGCAGUCGGCGCACGGCUUCCUGGGCGACCCUUCCUGGCCCUUGCCGCGCCUGGCAAGUGCUUGCAACGAGGAGGCCCGACCUGGGUACAAGACCAUGAAGGCUCACGAGUACCUGGAUGAGCCAGAGGUAUUGAAGGCGAAGGUGAAGUUGCUUGCCGAGCUAAUCGGGCGAAGCCAGAAUUGUGUUGCUUACACCGGAGCAGGCAUCAGUACAGCUUCUGGCAUCAGAGAUUAUGCGACGAAGGCAACCUCCUCCUCAUCAUCCUCUGCUGCAAAAUCACCAUGGCUGGCAGAACCCAGUUAUGCGCACCAUGUCCUUGUGGCGCUUUGGAAGAAUGGCAAUCUGAAGCACUGGGUGCAGCAGAAUCAUGACGGCUUGCCGCAAAAGGCAGGUUUCCCACAGAAGGAUAUCAACGAGAUUCACGGUGCCUGGUGGGACCCUUCCAACCCAGUCGUUCCCAUGGAUGGAACUCUUCGCUCUGAUCUGAUUCAGUGGAUGUUGGACUGGGAGGGCCGCGCAGACCUGUGCUUGGCGCUUGGGACCUCCAUGGUGGGAAUGAAUGCAGAUCGUAUGGCUGUCGCCCCUGCGCAGCGUGCGAAGCGUCUGCCCCGAAGUGAGGCACUAGGGACCGUGAUCGUGGCGCUGCAGCAAACACAGUACGACAAGAUUUCGUCUUUACGAAUCUUUGCGCGACUGGAUGACGUCCUUAAAGAACUGGCUGCGCUGCUGGGUCUGGACGUGGCCCAUGGGCCUCUGCUGGCACAGAGGCACCAGCAGGUAAAGGUUCCGUACGGUCGGGAUGGUCGAAAGUCAGCAACAGCCGAGCUGGUCCUGGACCUGAGCGUCGGAAGCAAAUUCCGCGUGGUUGAUCAGCCCGACUGGGACCAAGCCAAGUAUGGAGACAUCUGUGAAGUCGUAGAGGCACCUGAGGAGCUGGCGAAGCAGGGGCACGUGCAGCUGUUGUUCAGGGGUGACGGCUUGAAGAAGCAGGUCACACGCUUUCUCGGUGGUUGGUGGAUCGAGGCUGCCAUCAAGGGCGAGGUAGACAAGAUUCCGGUUGUGCCUGCCUCAUGA